CCAUACUUCACCAGUUUCUGACCGUUGAUUUUCAGACAGUAACAUUUCUCCGUUUUCAUUCUUUUUAAGAAGUUCUUUUCUUCUUCGUUUGUUUUUCCUCUCCCUUCUACUCGCUCAACUCAGUCUUCGGUUUUCUGACUCACUCUUUCACGAAGGUUUUGAAGAGUUGUUUGAGUUGACUAAGUCUUUGAGAUCAAGAUAGCGGUGUGUUGUUCCAUGACUGAUGAGAUUUCUGGCCGUGCACACCAUGAUGUUGACAAAGUUGAUGCUCAUGCAAUGCAUGGUUAUGGUUAUGGUUAUCUAUUGCCAUGGAUGGCUCAUUGGAAUCACACAAAUUAUAUGUCAACAAUAAAUCCUGGCUGGAGUGGGGAGGUCAGAUCAGAUCAUUCCAUGGAUGUAACUGGGGCCGCAAUGAUUGGUUUUGGUUCCGAACCAUCUCUUGUAUCCGGUGGUGUUUCUGAAAAAUUGAAGGGAAGAUUGCCUUUUCAGAGACAAGAAAAGAGUGUUUUCCGCAAGGAAGAUGGAAAGUUGGGAACAGAGUCAUGCUCGGGUGAUGACAAAGUUUCUGUCAGCAGAGUUAGGCCAUUAGCAUCUGCUCCUCAUAAAAUAGAAACUUCAAUAGAAAAGUGUCAAUUAUUGUCUCAGAGAGUGCCAAUUGGAUCCUUGAGGGAUAAUGAACCAAAGAACUUAACUCUUUUCGCACCGGUGAAAUCAGCUUCUGACGUAGUACUCACAAAUGUACGCGACAAAGGAAAAUCUGCGAUGAAUGAAGUAACUGGUGGACCGCGCGAAGUAUAUCCAUCGAGCUACAGCUCAGCAUCCCAAGAACAUUACACAAACACUAAAUUUCAUAGUUAUUCUGUUCCCCAUGUCCCUGAGAAGCAGAUGAGUAGUAGCCUGUUAGACCAUCAAAGAUUUUCCCUAACAAGAUUGAUGCGAGGCAGCUUCACUCAUUUUCCGCAUGAUCCCAUAAUCGACAGUGACGACGACGGACACAAUGUUGUUCGUAGUCAGCACCACAAGAUUCAAAAUUUAAUUGUUAAUCCAAACAUUGCAAACCAGACUUCACUCUUGGAGUCAGCUAAACCACAAAAUUUUUACUCUUCGGUAGAACAAGUGCCACAAUCUGUUUAUGGUGUGAAGGAUGCAAGUAAAUACACCAAUGUAGAUUCCGUAGAAAAAUUAUCAAGAGGUCUUCCCAACAUUUCCCAAGCAACUCAUCGUUUUCUGGUGUCGAAAAUUCCCGGUGCUAAUUUAUCUAACAGAGGUCAGUUUUUUAGAGAGUCAAUGCCACGUACAAAAUUCAAAGGAAAUAAUUUCAGUGAGAUCCUUGAUUUAUCUCUGAAUCCACCCGCUAGUGACCAUACUAAACUAGAAACUCUAGGAAGUUCAGUAAAAAGUGAAGGGAAGGAAGAUAUUUCCGAUUUCAAACGUCCAACAAGCCUGACGAAUGAAUCAACUCCUGAACCCGACACUAUGGACAUUGGUACUUCACACGAGAACAAUCUUCCAGGUGAAGCUCCAAUGCUGUCAAAUAAGUGCUCCAAGGAUAGUCAAAACUCACUCUCAACUCUAGGUGCAACAACUUCGGCUAGAGGGAAAAACCUAGAGAAGCCUGGGAAUAUAAACGAAGAGCCCCAGGAACUUCUCACUCGGGCAAGUCCCAUUGUUGACAUGGAGACUAGCACAUCAAGAACUCGUAGCCUUGAUGUGGACCAACUUUUUUCUCAAGAAAAAGAACCUGCAAGGUCAAAAUCUAGCCAUAGUUCUUUGGGAUCAGACCCAAGUAGCAGAUGGGUUAAACGGCUCAAGUUAUGCUCACCAGAACAUGCUCUUGGCACCAGGAGUGAAAAUAUUGGAGAAACUUCACAUGUAAAACUAACUAAUAUUUUCAGCAAAACUAUGAAAGACGCCAAAACUAAUUUGGAAGCCGAAACGGUAUAUAAUGACGAAGGUCAGGCCGAAGGACAGACGGUACUAGAACCACCUCUAGUAUUAUCAAAUGCCGAGUCCUCUUUUACCGAAGCUAAGGAAGCUGUAGAAAUUACACUUUCACAUCCUUGGAUUCAGAGAUGGAGUCGUAAUCGGGCUGCUUGUUCGAAAAAGAGGCAUGAAAUAGUUGAGAAUCGAGAUCCAAAUUCUUCAAACAGUACGGCAGGAGAGGUAAAAAACAAGCCGUUUCCAAGUGUAGCAGCCAUGGCCCUACUUGGAAAGGCAAUGAAUAGUUUGAAUCCCUCCGAGUUGACGAAAAAGGGACCUGUGAUAGUUUGGAAUAUGAAGGGACUUUGAAGUUUUUGGCCACUGCUAAUAUAAAUAUUUGGGGAAUCUUGGUGUUAGUUUGUUAGGAAAUAUAUAAUGGUUGUGUAAUGGAAGUUGCAUAUCUUAUUGGUGGAGCAACAUCUAAAUAAAGAUAUUAUAUAUGGGACUUACUAGUGGAGCAAUAUAUCUAAAUAAAAAGAUAUUAUAUAUGUUUUAUUUUGUAACAUAUAUACUUGCAAUAUACUGUCAUCAUUCUAAAAUGAGAUUUUAGGGGGUUAAAAUUAAUGUUUUAAAAAUUGGCUCGUAUCGGCUAGUUGAACCGAGAAUUGGAAGGGUAAUUGACCCGAGUUGGCUAUUGAAUAGAUCAUAUAAUUAUACCAGUGGGAACUGGCACAAACUGAUCAAAACUAAAAAGAACUUGGCAAACCACGAGUUUUUGCGAAUCGGGAAGUCAAUGCUUCCAUUUUUGUUUAAGUGGUGAUGUUAGAUUUGUUUUUUAUAAAAUUGUUUCGGUUUAA